AUGGAUCUCAAGGCCCUGUCCAGCAACUGGAAGAAGCUGCAACAGACGCUGCAAACCACCAGCUCCACCAAGGAGAAGAAGGACCAAAAGCCCAUCCUCAGCCGCAAGAACCCCAAAGAAGCCUCCUCCAAGAUCACCAAACGCGCAAAGCCCAACACGACCGCGUCCGCAAAAUCCAAAGACUUCAAAAAGCGCAAAAUGGGCUCUCUCCUCUCCACCGCGCAGGAACCCUCGCAGCCCUCCACCACCCCGCCUUCCGCCACCCUCGCCCUCUUCGCCGAAGACCACGGCAUCCCCGUCGCCGACGUCGCCGCCGCCUACAACCUGCCCACGCGCAGCACGACCAACCUCCCCACCACCACGACCAACGCGUCCGACGUCCCCAACGGCGGCCUGACCGCAACCGUCACGCCGGGCAAGUACGUCGCGCUGGACUGCGAGAUGGUCGGCGUCGGCCCCACGCCGGACCAGGACUCGCAGCUCGCGCGCGUGUCCGUCGUCGACUACCACGGCGCCCAGCUCUACGACUCGUACGUGCUGCCCAAGCUGCCCGUCACCGACUACCGCACCGCCGUCUCGGGCAUCACGCCGGCGCUGCUGCGCCCGGGCUUCGCGCGCCCCUUCGCCGACGUGCAGCGCGACGUGGCGGCGUUGCUGGAGGGAAGGAUCCUGGUGGCGCACGCGGUGAAGAACGACUUGGAUGCGUUGAUGCUCGGGCACGCGAAGCGCGACAUACGGGAUACGUCGCGGCACCCGGCGUUUCGGAAGACGAGCAUGGGGAAGGCGCCCGCGUUGAAGAAGCUCGCGAGGGAGUUUUUGGGGGUGGAGAUACAGGGGGGUGAGCAUUCGAGUGUGGAGGACGCGAGGGCGACGAUGCUGUUGUUUCGGAAGGAGAAGGAUGCGUUUGAGGCGGAGCAUGCGAAGAGGUGGGGACGGCCGGAAGGAGGCGAUUCGGGAGGCAAGAAGAAGAAGAAGGGGAGGAAAUGA